AUGAUUACUUCGAAAAUAAUCAAUUUACUUACGAGAUCUUCUGAUGUAUUAUCAAUCCGAUACCUUUCUUUAUCAGCUAUAAAUAAUGCUCGAAAACGUUCAUAUCGUGUAGCUGAUAAGAAAGGUUUUCAUAAUCGUGAAGAUGUUAACUAUGAUAUUCCUAAACAACAAAAACAAUCAAAUUUUCGUGAUCAUUUUCGUUAUACAGCAUUAGAAGAAGUUAAAAUGGAACAAGGUAGUCAACGAUCAUUAAUUGAACCCAUGAUUGAUCGAACAAAACCACCACAUAAAUUUCAUGUUGUUACGAAAAUACGACCAACUUAUGGUGAAACAUUUUAUGUUAAAGAAGCACUUGCAAAACUCGGCUUCAUUAGUUAUGGUCGAAAACAAUGGGAUAUAUUAACAGUGAUCGUUAAAAAUGUGCCGUCAGUAAAUAAACAUCUAUAUGUAUGUAAACAUAUGGUACAAAUAAAACCAUUAAUUUUCAUUGAUGGUGUACCAUCCUUAGAUGAUAUUGGUUCGACAAAAUUAUUUCCUCAUAAUGGUCAAUUAACUAUAGGAAAUCAUUUUGAUCUAAAACAAAUGAAUGUUUCAAUAGAUGAUAGUGAAAAAUGGCCAGUAAAUAUGAAUCAUAUUGUUGCUCGUUUACAUGCUGAUCGAACUGCAAAUCGUCUUCAUGCAGAAUAUUUUCCAACAAAAUAUAAUUGGUUUUUUGGUCAAGAUAUACCUGGUGUUAAACUAAUACAACCAGUGAAUCCUGAGAAUAAAGAUACACAUUUAGAAGAUUUGUAA